AUGUCUUCUCAAGCUUCCCCUACCAAGACCUAUCAUAAGGCACCUUACCCUUCCAUCGACAACGUGGCAACCACGCUCCUCAAGAACGCGACCGCAUACCCUGUAAUCGUCGAAGUCACCUCCGCCGCCGCGCAUCUCACCAUCGCGCCUGACUUCGCCGCAUACAACAUCUCCAAGAUGGCCACCGCGCGUUUCUACACCUCUCUGGCGCUUGACCAUCCUGAGCUUGCUGUGUAUUUCAUUCAACCUGGUACCGUGGAAACUGAGAUGAACAAGAACGCAGGAUAUAAGAAGGAAGGAGAGGAAGGAAGGAGAGGAAGGAAGGCGGGGGCGCGGCAGACUUGUUGGGCCGAUUUGACGAUGCAGGCUUGCCGGCAGGCUUCAAUGUCUUGCUUGUGGGUCCUGAAGGCAGGUUCUUAA